ACAGAGACGGAGGGGGCGGCGGGAGAAGCGCGGACAAACCUCAGUAGUGGUGACUGCGUGUGUUUUUACUCGUUUCCUCCAGGCAGUCUGUAGCUGCGGCUUGAAGGCUACUGGAAUACUUCCUUCUAAACUCAGUUGGAACCUAGACACUGUUUAUUUCGCCUGAGAUCGUUUCCCAGAAUAAUGGCGCACAAUCCUGGCCAAAGGGGUGGUUUCUAGCAACAGGAAAUCAGCGAUACUGGCAGCCCCUUGAGCCAUGUUGCAACCCUGUGUCUUUAUGAACAGCUUUGCCCUCCCAACAUUUGUUUGCAUCUGGGACACGGUGUUCAAAGACUGCUGCAUCACUCGUCCUGCUUCAUGAGCCAGCAGGAUGCAGCUGAGGUCCUCGCACUCUCCGAGCGCCUCCUCAUAGCUUCGCAUAAGGGACAAGCCGACAAUGUGGUCCAGCUUAUCAACAAAGGUGCAAAAGUAGCCGUCACCAAGUAUGGCCGAAGUCCCCUGCACUUGGCAGCCUACAAAGGCCACCUUGAGGUUGUGCGCAUCCUUCUGAAAGCUGGCUGUGACCUGGACAUUCAAGAUGAUGGGGAACAGACAGCCUUACACCGUGCUGCUGUGGUGGGAAACACUGACAUUAUCAGUGCGCUCAUCCAGGAAGGGUGUGCGCUGGAGAGACAGGAUAAGGAUGGCAACACAGCUCUCCACGAGGUCUCCUGGCAUGGAUUCAGUCACUGCCUGAAAGUACUAGUGAAGGCUGGAGCCAACGUUCAUGCCAAAAAUAAGGCAGGGAACACAGCUCUCCACCUGGCAUGUCAGAACGGUCACACUCAGAGCGCCAAGGUUCUGCUCCUUGGAGGAUCCCGGUCGGACAGCAAAAACCAUGCAGGGGAUACCUGUCUGCAUGUGGCAGCUCGCUACAAUCAUGUGGCUAUGUUACGCAUCCUGCUUGGAGCCUUUUGCUCAGUGUCAAUGAAGAACAUGGUUGGGGACACUCCACUCCACAUAGCAGCUGCCCUGAAUCAUAAGAAGACUGUACGUCUGCUUCUGGAAGCUGGAGCAGACAGUCACAUUCACAACAAUGCUGGUCAGACUGCUUUGGACCAGGCCAGAGAUCACAACAACCCAGAGGUGGCUCUGCUUCUAAUCAAGGCUCCACAGGUGCAGAGCUUUAUACGUGGCAGGAGUAUGAGGAAGAGAAGAGAUAAAUUGAAAGCAGAGGGCCGAGCGCGGUCAGUGCCCAGAGAUGGAAUGUUAAGCUGUAACGACAGUGCAUCUGCUGCAGAUGAUCGCCAGAGCAGUGACCCCACAGCUUGCCAACAAACCUGUGAGACAGAGUCAAACACCAGAAGAGAGAAGGUCAGGAAGCAGAAAGAAAAGCCCUCUUUGUCCGAACCUCUUUGCCGCAGGGAGACCACACACUCCGAAGCUAUUCACGGGAGGAAAAACAAAGCACAGGGAUCCUCACCUUAUGCAUCCAUUCCACCUCACAACUAUAAGGCUUUUCAGCUUUACACACUAUACAGAGGCAAGAACGGCAAGAUCAUGCAAGCUCCGUUGAACGGCUGCCGCUGUGACCCACUUAUAAGUAAACUGGAAAACCAGCUGGAGGCCACCAAAGAGGAGAUGAAGACUGAGAUCCAUACCGUCGAAGACCUGAUGAACAAAAAGAUGGGUCAGAUGGACCUCAAGAACAGACAUCAGAUCCAAGCUCUUGAUAAGAUGACAGUGGAGAGGGUGUCCGCAGAGAAGAGUGAGUGCCUGCAGAGGAUGGAGCAGUGGGCUAUGCAGGAGCGACUGGAAGCAGAGAAAAGACAGCAGAUGUCUCUGGUCUCUGAGCUGAAGAGCUGGUGUUUGUCCAAACUACAGAACAUGGAGGACCACUUCAUAGGAGACUCUGGAACUAAGCUGCAGCGUUCUUCCUCUUUAGACAAUCUGAAUGAAGCUGAUGGAGCCAGCAACACUGUGCUGCCUGCUGAGCUGUGGUGCAGCCCCCAGCUUCCAGAGCUCCAGAAAGAACAUGGGUUACUAGGGUCCUGCCAGGCAGAACCCAGUAGAGUGGAGGGCGGUUCGGCCAACAACUACUUUGUGGUUCAUGUGGAGAACUCUCCAGGUGAUGGUUCAGCAACUUGCUCCACCGAUGUACACAGAACAAGCUUCAUGUUUAUAUCAUCAGCCAGCAAAGAUGAAGUCGAUGGUGAGAAGGACCAUAUGUCAGAGGCCACAUCUCCAGCAGCAGCACCACUGUCAUCUGUCCAGGUGGUCCGGCCAAAGGAGCGUCCUGCAGUCACUCAGAGGAAAAAACAGAACCUGCAGAAAGUCAACCUGGUGGACACUAAGGUUGGUAGAAGACAGAGGCACAGAGCCAGUAGCCUUUCUCCAGCCACAGAGCGUCGCUGCAGCAGCAGAGAUGCAGAGAGAGGCCUCAACAGACUGAGGCACCAUGAGAAGCAUUCCCGAAGCAGGACCAAGUCCAGAGGUGCAGUGGGGAUAAGGACUCUGGAGGUUUUCGGAGACCAGUCUAGUGGACCCUCCUUUGCUCAGGAGAGGGAUAACAUGCAUGCUGUAGAGGUGACCCAGUACUUCUUUGAGGCAGUGUCUACACAGAUGGAGCGCUGGUAUGAGAGGAAGGUGCAGGAAGCUCGCUGGCAGGCUGAUCAGAAGGCUCAGGCAGAUAAAGCUGCUCUGAUUGAGAGGAUUGCAAGUCUGGAAGAUGAGCUUCGCGUACUGAGGACAAGUCCACCUGACACCUACUAACACAAUGCUUCAGAGCAUUCCUUCCUUCUACUGCAUGGCACUAACUAGAAAUAUUUAGCCUCUCCAUCCAUGUGUUGCGAUUGUUAUUGUAGAACUUAGUAUCUUAAUGCGUACAGAUGUUUCAUUAAAAAUAGUAUCUUUUAUAAUGUUCUUCACUGUGGAUCUUAGUGAAUCCCGUCAUGUGAGAGGAGAAGCUUUGUUUUGAUGCCAGCAUGCCUGGUGGAUACAAACAGAUAAGCUAUAAUGUAUUUAAAACACUGACAGUGGAAAAAUCUGAGGUAUUUGUAGCUUUUUGUUUUUUAUGUCCAGUGAGUUUUAUUACAGCUGGAAAAUGGUCGUAUUAUUAACACUGAUAGUUUGUUGAAGUUUAAAACCCCACUAAUACAGUGAAACUCCUCCCUGUUGAAGUAUGAAUCAGCAGCUUUACCCGUCCCCUCGGUUCAGCAGGGGCUGCCUCUUUUCAAAUUCACACACAAACCUCAACUAGAUGGUUCCUUACAGUAGAAAGGAAACAUGCAUAUAACACAUUAAAGUGCUGCUAACCUCUUAAUACCAAUUUACUAGAGUUAAGUGAAACAGUAGAGAUGCAUUGAGGGACUUAGCUGGAUAAAUUUAAAAUGAGCGUCUCAUUGAGUGAGAUUUUACAUUUGGUAGUGACUUAAAUAUGUGCCCAGAAGUAGAAGAAAAGUCAUUUUUCUAUAUAGCAUGUCCAUUUUAAGCAAACACAGGCUCAGGAAAUCCAAUGAAUCUGGAUUGAUGGUAUAAUUACUGUCAGAGAAAAUUUAUAUUUUUUUCAUAUGUGUUCCCUUUUAGAAAGCCUGUGCAGAACUUCCCUUACAGCUUACAAUAAUGGCUGUCCAUAUUCCAGUCCAUACCCUCACAAUGCUAUUUUGUACCAGUGUACAUGAACCAUGGUGUAUCAGUUGAUUUUUCAGUGCAGUUACGUCUUUUCAAUAAUGAUGGAGGUAACUGAUCAUAAAAAAUGCCCAUAUCUCAAAUUAAAUGAAAUUGUAUAUUACCCAAUAACCUUUCAUUUGGUUCUGAUUCUUAUUUGGGCCUGUUCAUUUUCAUAAAAUAAGACAGAACCCAAAAAAAUUUGACCCCAGGCCUGAAAAUAUUGUUUAAUUGAGUCUAUUAGCCACAUUUUCUUACACUAGCUAUGUAGAAGCUACUUUUAAUAAUUGGUUAUCACAGUGGAUAUGAAACAUUUUGUUCCUGAAAUAAUCUGGUAUAAAAAGGUAUGAAAUGGCAAAGGGGUGAGAUACCAGCGCCACACAUUAAUCCUCCCACUGCCAUCCACAGGUCUGCAGUGUUCCAGAGUUCACUGUGUUCACACCUUUAUUCACUGCUGCGAUUGGCCGAUCCCAAAAUGUCUUAUUAUAGUGUUUGCUUUUCCCACUGUGAGAAGACAAAACAAUUUGGCUUUCAUCUUAAAAAAACAUCCAGUAAAUAUCAAUUUCGAUUCUUCCAGUUGAACAUGAAACAUGAUGAAUCUCUCCAAAAGCUCAGCUCAGUGUUUGGAUUUAAAUAAAAUGUGUGGCAUGAAGAACAGCUUCAAUGUUACUUUCUGCUGUCACUUUUCCCUUCAUAUGAUUAACACACUCUGAUCAUGAUUCCAGAAAACAUAUUUUGUUAUAAAAACUAGCAAUGAAGCUGUGUGUUGUAGUUUCUUUGUUCCCUCUUUAAUUCUCAUUGAAUACAUUCUGGCAGAUGCUCACUGGGCCACUACAGGUGCUUUGAUAUUGUCCCAGCUUUCAAACUGAAAGCCUGAAUUUUCUUUGCUGAAGAAAAGUCCAGAACAAUCCUCAGGAGAAACAUGAAGAAUGCAUAUGUCAACUUUUAGCCAGUGCCAGAGACUUCUGCAGCUCCUCCAGGUGGUUGCUGGCCUGUGAGAUCAUCAUGCGGAUUACAUCCUGAACCAAUGAGAGAACUGUAAUCAGAGCAGUCAAAAUAUCUGAUAAUGGUAAAACAAUCAACUGAUAGCAGGUUAGAAUGCCUGACAUGCUUAGGACAGCUUCACUCAGUCCACCUUCAGAGGUAAAGACACUGAACUAGUGAACCAGUGUAAAACACACCGAAAGACCUCCAACUAAAUCCCUUAAUUACUUGGAUGCUUCCAGAUAAUAAAUAAUCUGAGUUUUUAGUUAACACAGCUUUUAGUUAUUAAAAUUAUGUUAGAAUUUUUAGGUUGAUCUGAGUGAAUUUGGAUUUUGACCAAAAUGCUUAUUUCACUAAUUAAAUGUUAAAAGGGAAACUGAUUUUACACAGUGAUAUAUUUUAUGGUUUUAUGUUCAAUGAAUUCUGCUGAUUCUAUCUUACAGUUAGAAAAAAAAAAAAUCAGUUUCAACCAUCUUUAAUCCAGGCUUGUGGGUUUAUUUGCUGCACAAGAAUAUGCACUCAGUAUUUGGUCAGGGCUUCAUUUGCAUCAAUUACUGCAUCAAUGCAGUAUGGCAUGGAGGUGAUCAGCCUGUGGUUCUGGGGUGUUAAGGAAGCCCAGUGGCUCUGGUGUCUCAUUCUCUUGUCAAUACUCCAUAGAUUCCCUGGUUCAGGAAUUCUUUACCACAAGGAAUGAACAACUGGAACCCUCUGACUGAGACGGCCGAAUCAUUUCCGUAUUCAAGUCUUUUUUUAACGGUCUGAUGUAAUAUUUCUGUCAAAAAGUAUCUUAGGUUUUCAUUAUCUGUUAGCCUUUGUCAUCAAAACGAAUAGAAACAAACUGACUAAUAAAUAAGUAAUAAUUAGUAGUACUCUGAUUUAUUGAGAUGUGCCAGUAGUGAGAUGUAAAAUAAACGACUUGUUGCAAACCUUCAAUAAAAAAUAUCAAUUUGU